UAGGGCAGGUAUUUAGCUGGUUUGGGCGGUAUAAUCAGUAAACAGUGUAAGCUCUAUUACACUGAAACAAUGACCAGAAUUAAAUUAUUAUUAUUCUUCUCCUUAUGUUUGUCUCCUGUACUAUGCCAGCUGCCCUCUAAUUCGUACACCUCGUGGUAUGACAAGGACCAGUACAACUGUACAAUUGUACGAAUUAUCCAGGGGGAAUGGUUCAGCAGGGAGGAGAACGAGGAUGUGAUUACACAUAUAGAUGCUCGUCAAAUGAGUAAUCGAGGAAUUUGUAAAGAAUAUGAGAAUGAUUUCGGAGCUGAAUACAAGUUUCUGUUCAGCCAGGAGCCCACCAAUCUGCUCUCUUGCCAUUAUUGUGUUCAUAUCUCAGUACGUACAGUCAAUAUUCUUGAGAAAAGAUAA